UGGUGGAGCCGGAUUAACUCUCAUUUUACAUCGUUGCAUACGUAGUUGAUCACUCGAUAUUUAAACGUUCCAAAGAUGACUACAAGAUUUUGCGGAAUCAAAUUAGGACCUUCAAUAGAAGUUUUUGCAAUUCAUAAAGCUUUUUUAGAAGAUACUCACGAAAAAAAAGUGAAUUUAUCUAUAGGAGCUUAUCGCACAAGUGAAGGAAAACCAUGGGUAUUACCAGUUAUACGGAAAGUAGAAAAAUCAUUAGCUGCAGAUGAUUUACAAAAUCAUGAAUAUCUCCCUGUUUUGGGAUUAGAUGCUUUUUCUCAAGCAGCAACAAGACUUUUGUUGGGUACAGAUUCUCCUAUUAUUGCACAAGGUCAUGCUUUUGGCAUUCAAACAUUAUCUGGCACUGGUGCAUUGCGUGUUGCAGCUGAAUUUUUAAAUCGUAUUUUACACUAUGAUGUUGUUUAUUAUAGCAAACCUACUUGGGAAAAUCACAAACUUGUGUUUUUAAAUGGAGGAUUUAAAAGAGCUUGUGAAUAUAGAUAUUGGAAUCCAGAAACCUGUUCUCUUCAUAUAGAAGGAAUGCUUAAAGAUCUUAGAGAUGCUCCAAAGAAUGCUGUAAUUAUUUUCCAUACAUGUGCACAUAAUCCUACUGGAUGUGAUCCAACUCCUGAACAAUGGGAGAAAAUAGCAGAUGUAGUGGAAGAAAAUUUUCUUUUUCCAGUUUUUGAUACUGCUUAUCAAGGUUUUGCAAGUGGUAAUAUAGAUAAAGAUGCUUAUGUAGUAAGAAGAUUUGCUGAACGUGGAAUAGAAUUUAUGUGUACUCAAAGCUUUUCUAAAAAUUUUGGUUUAUAUAAUGAAAGAGUUGGAAAUUUGAUAGUUGUUAUGUCUGAUACAAAAGAAUUAGCUCAAGUUAAAUCACAGUUAACUUUGAUUGUCCGAGGAAUGUAUAGUAAUCCACCAAAUCAUGGAGCAAGAUUAGUUGCAACUGUUUUACAGAAUCCAGAUCUCUUCAAGCAAUGGAAAAGUCAUAUGAUUACAAUGUCUACUAGAAUAAAAGAAAUGCGAAUAUGUUUAUACGAAAAAUUGGUUCAAAAAGGAACUCCAGGUGUUUGGGAUCAUAUUACUAAACAAAUAGGAAUGUUUUGUUAUACAGGUCUAACUGAAAGACAAGUUGAAUGUUUAAUCAAUAAUUACCACAUCUAUAUGUUACGAAGUGGUAGAAUAAAUAUAUGUGGACUUAAUGAAAACAAUGUAGAUUAUGUAGCAAAUGCGAUUUAUGAAACCAUUUUAUUAUAUCCACAAAAUAAGCAAAGUUGUACAUGUUAAAAGAUGAAUCAGAUUUCAUAUGGUAAUAACUAUAAAUUGUCACUAAAAUUUUAGUGUUGAGAAAUUGUUAAAGUAUAAGAAUAUUUUAUAUGCAUUAAAAUUAUGUUAUAAUCAUAAAAAUUAAUAUUAUAUAGCUAUUUUUGUUUUAGUUAAAAUUCUCUUCAAUUUAAUUUAUUGAGAUAUUUAUCUAAGAUAUUUGUUUCUUUUCUAAAAAAUUCUUAAUAUUUCUUAAAAAAAAUUUCAAAUUAACGUAAAUUCUCUAUUUCGUACAUAACUUAAAAAAUUUUGUUAGAAAUCGCCUUGUCUCUAAAAGUACAAAAUAUCAACAAAGUAUUAUGAAAAUGCCAAAUUUUAAUACAUAUAUAAUCGCUUAUUAUUAAAGUGAUUUUUAUUAAGCUUAAUAGUUUGUAGGAAAAUAUUCAGAAAUAAUAAAAAUUCAUUGUGAUAUAAAUGAUUUUUUAAUGUUUGUCAAAGAAAAUUAAUCAUAUAUAAACUAAUGUUUUGUAUCGUUAAUAAGCUUUACUUUAAAAUAAUAAUAUCCUAUAACUGAUAUAAACAAAAAUUUUUA